AUGACCAACAAAUACCAAGCUGUGGCAAAUGCUAAAACAACAAAAGAACGAAUCUCGGCUUUCAAAUCAAUUUUUCAAGGAUCAGGUAUUUUCAAUACAGAAUUCCAUUGUUUUACAUUGUUUUCAUUUCAGUGUGGAAUUAUUUGAGCUAUUCUCUGCUUUUCAUUCUUCCUGUCAUUUUCAUAAGUGUUGGGAUCUGGAAACUUGAUGAAUGCUCAUUGGCUCCAAAGUUCCCCAUUUGGUUGAUUGUCUCAGGAGUUUUAGUAUUCAUUAUGAAAUUCGUUUUUCUUAUUGCGGAAAAAAAGGUUACUUGAAACUCACAUGGAUUUCGAAAAUUUAUAAUUUUCAGAAAGCACUUGUUAACUCUGAAUUUCCAUUAACAGAAAAUGAAUCCGAAGAAGAAAGAACAAAUAUUAAACUCCAAAGAAAAAAUCAUUAUCCAUCUGGUUUGAUUUUGAUUGGCUUGGGUUGCCGGCUCGCUCAUUUGUUCUGGUAUCAAUUUUGAAUUGAAAUACAUAAAUUUAGAAUUAAUUACAUAUCAUAUGUUCUUUUCAGGUUCUUUGUUGGUGUUUAUUUUGUGAUUAGAAGUUUUGGAGCAACAGGAACUUGUCAUUGGGCACCAUAUUAUUUGACAACAAUUACAAUCAUCUUCCCAAUUAUCAUUCUCAUUUUGUUGUGUCCAUGUUGUUGUGUGGUAUGUUGCGCAUAUAGUUUGAUAAAAUCAGAUGAAGCUGCCGAAGGUGGAGAAGGAAAAGAAGAACAAGAAGCAACUUCAAAUGCGUAA